CACAGAGGGUCCAUUUGGUCCAUUGCUGCUUUGUCUGCUCGAGAUUUCGGAGAUUUUUGGGGUGUUGGGGAUAAAUACUGGGGAGAAAUCGUGAAUCGUUUGGUUUUAUUCACUCGUGAAUAUGAAAAUGUUGAUCCAAGUGAUGUUAAUUUUCCUGACAAUGCUGGGGACUUCAGAUUGUCGGCUGCUGACCAGGAACGAGAGCUUGGUUGUCACAGGGGUGAAGUUCGGAAGAGACCAUGGAGAUUUAUACAUAAUGCUGGAGAAAAGGGAACUUCUGGCUGAUGGGCUGAUUGGCAUGAACAAGAGCAUAAGGCACCUCAAAUUGUUGACCCGUAAUCCCCACGACAUAGACGAGGUAAAUGUCGAUGACUUCGUUGCGGAGCCGGGAAGCUUUAUCGCUGAUAUUCAUUUGAAAAACUCGGAACGAUGCCCAGGAGUGUUGCAACUCACUCUCGUCGUGGGCUUUUGCAAGUUGAAUAAGACACUGCGCAAAUUGGAUGUUUUGGAAAUUCAACCGUUCUCCGAAUAUCGCUGGAAUAACUGGAACCCGAUCUACAGAGUCGGUAAUCUAGCAGAACAGAACAUUGAAUGUAUUUGCUAUUCAUCCAAGGAUUUCAUCACAUUCCGGAAGUUUGAUGCCAACGGUUUAAUCGCCAAUGCCCCUCUGCUGUUCUUCAGUGAACAAUUUCUCGAGAGUGUUCCCCCAGCUCCACUAACUGUCAUUUCCCUGACAUAUAAAGCUCUACCGACAGCUGGUGGUCUUCUGUCCCUGGAAAAUCACCCUCUCCUAAAUUCCUCUCACCAGAAAAUCAUCUACAAUCGAAUGAAACGCUACGUUAGCUACUCGUCUUCCAGCACUUCUUGGGACGACAUUAUUACGGAUCAUCCAGAGUACAUCUACAUCCCCGUUCUCGUCGUCCUGGCCAUCAUCAUCUUCCUCAUUUGCUGGUUCUUCAAGUGCAUAACUGAUUGCAUUUGUGAUUGUUUCUGUGGCAGACGUCGCAAUGUCAUUGUCAAUAAUGUCUCUCUAUUGACUCCUGAUUAUGGCAGCAGACACAAUCUUCCCCAGGUCUGAACAAUCUCAUGAUCAUAAUCAUGACGCAAUUUCAUUACUGUUUAUCCUUCGAUAAUCAACAUUAUCAUUAUCUCAACAUGAUCUUAUAUAAUAACAUUAUCAUUAUUCGUCGAAAUUACCCAUGCUGGCUUGGUAUUAUUCAUUUUGUGGUCCACUAAGGACUUAAGUUCUUAUUCAGUCAGAUUUGAUCUUCAUAACGAGCAAUACAUAAAAUGUAUUGGAUCUUCGUUCGUUCAUUGACUUCUUUUUUUAUGUAUUCACUCAUUACGAUAUAUUCUUUAUAAAAAAAACGUUAUGAGAACGUAAUUCUUGUUUAUUCAUCAAGUUUUAGUGUCUACAUAAAUCCUCAGGGACUGAAUGUUCAUAUUUUGUAAAACUAUUUUUAUAACUAUGUAUUCUUUGUUCAAUUAUCAUUUUUCACUGUAUGUCCAACUUUUCAAUUAGUUAUUUUCAGACAUUAUCACUGAUCUUUCAAGCACAACUUCUAAUCAUUAACAUUAUUCACUCACACAAGACUCAAGUUCUUAUUCACUUGGAUGAAGAUCAAAUGAUCUUCAUAACAAACAAAGAAGAUACAAUACAUGAAAUUUAUUCAUUGAUGUCUUUUUUAUCCACAUAACAGUCAUUACAUGAGAUGUAUUCAGUCAUUUCGAUCCAUUCUUGAUAAGAAGAAACGUUGUGAGAUUAUAUUACCUGUUCAUUCAUCAAAUUUUAAUGUUUACGUAGAUGUUCAAGGGCUAAAUGUUGUGAUUUUGGAAGAUCUCUUUUAUAACUAUUCAAUUAUUGUCAUUUUUCGCUGUAUUUUCAUCUUUUCAAUUAGUUUGGUCAUGAAUUGGUAAAUUAGGAUAAAUGCAUUUUUCUCAAAAACAAUUUUUUUUUGCUAAAUCGCUUUCACAAAUUGAUGCGAAGCAACUUAACAACAAAAACGAAUUUAAAGAAAUGUCCUUAUCAUAUUUUACCAAUUCACUACAGAGUUGUCUCCAGGCGUUAUUACUUUGUCUUAUUGUGAAACUACCUCAGCUGGAUUUACUUUAUCUUUUCGUAACAAUGUAACAGCAGCAAAGUAAUUAUAUAUUGUUGAUGAAACGAACAUAAGAUCAUGAAUCUUGUCCCUUCAUCAAGUUUUAAUGUUUACGUAGACCUUUCAGGACUAAAUGUUGAUGUUUUGGACGAUUAUUCUCAUAACUAUGUAUUCUUUAGUCAAUGAUGGCCAUUUUCGCUUCAUUUUUUGACUUUUUAUUUCGUUAGCUUUAGAUACUAUUACUACUCUUUCCAGCAUAACUCGUUAGUCGUCUAGAUCGCCUACUUGUUCGAACUAGCUUUAAUUAUCGUUCAUUGUCAAUUAAUAAUCUUUUGGGAAACUACUUCAGUUGUAUUUUACUGAUCUUUUGAUAACAAUAAAGUAUUUUUCGUACUGAUAA